AAGACUUAAUAUCAGAAAAAAGUCGGUGUUGGCGAUGUCUGGUUCUGGGCGAUUUAAACCUAAUGAGGGAGAUUGGGUCUGUCAAGAUCCAAAGUGUGGGAAUGUAAAUUUUUCAAGAAGAAGUGAAUGCAAUAGAUGUGGCAAAGUUGUUUCGACAGAAAAGAAAGAUGGAACUGUUUUUAAAAAGGGUGGGACAGAGAUUGGCAAGCAGUUGGCAGAAAAAAGCAAGGGUUUGUUUAGUGCAGAUGACUGGCAGUGCAAGAGUUGUGCCAAUGUCAACUGGGCAAGAAGAAUGACCUGCAAUGUCUGUAAUGCACCGAAGUAUGGUAAACAAGAACAGAGAACUGGGUUUGGUGGUGGUUACAUGGAGCGGGAUGAAAUUGUUGAAUACAAGGAGAGAAAAGAAGAUGAUAACGAUGAAUAUGAUGAGUUUGGUAGGAAAAGAAAGAAAUUCAGGGGAUCUACAGAGGAAAAAGCAGCUCCACCAUCACGACCACCCCCACCAGUGCCACAAUAUGAUGAUGAAGAGGAGGAGGAAGAUGAGGAGGAGGAAGAUGAUGGUGACUUGGGUGCAUAUGAUCUUGGUGGUAGUGACGAUGAUGAUGACAACAAAACAACUACGAAAUCAAGAUCGAAGUCCAGAUCCAGAAGCUCUUCAUCUGGUUCAUCCCGUUCAUCAGGCUCAUCAUCAAGAUCAUCAAGGUCUUCCCGGUCCCGUUCAAGCUCUCGAUCUAGGUCCAGGUCCCGUGGUGAAAGGAGAAGACAGUCUAGGUCAAGAUCCAGAUCUCCUAUCAGAGAGUCCAGAAGCAGGUCAAGAUCAAGAGACAGGCGAAGAUCACGACGGUCGAGGUUUGAUAUAAAAGAAAGGGUUAUGACCCCAUGAGGGAAAUACAGAAAUUAAGAUCACAGAUUAUAAUUUGAGGACCAAAUCUUUGAUUAUACAGAUAGCUGAUAAAUAACGAAGUAUUGGUUGUAUUUCCUUACUAAAUACACAGAUCAUUUGAAUGUGUAAAUAGUGUGUAGUGUUUAUACUGAAUGCAUGUUAUUUUGUAAUGAAUACAUGUAUGCAAUAUUUGAUAAUACAUGAAAGGUUGCAUACAUUUCAAAUUUAUUUUUCUUCAUGUCCUAAAAAGCUUAUUACAGAGAAUGUGUUUAAUGUUGUGACAAGAUAUUCAAUCGCACAAUUAGACUUGAGCCAGAUAUGAUUAAACAAUUAUUUCUACUUAUGUUGGAAAUAGACAGUAACGUGAUGGCUUUUAUCCCUAACAUUGAGUAAACCUACAUUGGGUUUCUCGUUGCAGGUCUUGAAAUCCAGAAACUGAUGCUGAUGAUGUUCAGAGCAGGAAAGCAGUAGCCAUUGCUGGGUUUUUUGGUUGUUUUAAAAAAAUUUGCUUUUUGUCUGUUUUCCUGUACCACAGCAAGAUUUUCUUCAGUACAAGAAACUAGUUUAUUUAGUCAUACAGUCAUCAUAUACAAAACCAUGAAAAAAAAAAGAAGAGAAAUAUUAACAUUUGGCAGUUGUGGAGUAGUACAUGUAAUUUUGGUCAAAAUUUAAGCAGUCUGUUGUGGAUCUUUGAGAGUAUUUUCCAGUCUGUGAAGGAGGAUGUCAGUUUGUUUCAUGUAUAUUGGUGAAUUUCACUCUCAUUUUAUAUGAAAUAGGAUUACAGUAUGUUUCGUAUAUAUUGGUAAAUUUCUCCCUCAUUUGUAGGACUUUUAGUGUUUCAUGAACAUUGGUAAAUUUUGACCCUUAUUUCAGACAUUUUUUUGAAGUAGGACUUGAGUGUGUAUACUGGUGAAAGAUUUCAGUUGUAUAUUGGUAGAUUUCCACCCUCACUUGUAUGAAUGGAUCUGAAUGUGCUUCAUGUACACCUUCAGUGUAUGUCUGCACUUUUGCCCCAUCAUCAAUUGGUGAAUGUAAAAGAAGAUUGAUCAUGAAAGGAUGUUAACUCAGAAGAUUGUUAGUGGUAUAAAGGGUGUACAUGUCAUAUUUACUCUACGAAAUUAUUUUUCGUAUAAGGUGAAACUAACUUGUUGGAACCAUAGAAGAUAAGAAAAUUGUGUUUAUCCAGGAAUGUUCUCUACGACUCGUACUUUUGAUAUAGAGGUUUAUUUUGUUGUCGAGUUUGUGAUGGAAUGUAGGAUUCAUAAUCUUUUGCAUUAAGAAUAUACUUAAUGAAGUUUAGUGUUGUUGUCAUCACUUUAAACCAAGUUAGGGGAUUUAGUUUAUCAUUUCAUUCAUGGCAUUUCCAUAUUUGAUCCACAGAUACAAUGCAUGUACAUGCAUUAGAAGAACUGUCAAUUGUUGAUAGUGAGAAUUUGAACUUUUUUCAUUUCUUUGCUUCUAUAAAAAGGGGGGAGGGGUAUUAAAAGUUUUGCUGAUCAAAUUUGACGAGAAAUGUAAUAUUACUAUGCCUUAUACAGUGUUUAUCUUUCUAAAAAUGAAAUCUUUGAAUUGUAGUGGUAAGGAAAAGUCAUAAAUAAAUGAAAUACUAUCGUUCCUGAAAUUAUGAGCGGAAUUGGAAGAAUUUCCUGGUUUUUCUCAUAAUGAAGAUAUGACCAUUUUGAACACCAUAUAUAAGGCUUUUCAGCUGAUUCAAUAUUUUUUGCAGGUUCAAGUUUACGAAUAUCGAAAAAUCCAAAUAUAUCAAAUUGCACAGGAACAUGUAUAUAUGUACUCAAAUGCAGAUGUAUCUCAAAGGUUAAAAAAAGUCUCCAUUGAGAAAAGUAGUACGAUUUGUUGUCCUUACUUAAGUUCAUGAUCUGCAUAUGCAAGUUAUGCCCUCAAGGAUUUUGGGCAAUGAAGAGUUUUAGCUCCUUUGAAAUUGCACUCUGUGAAGCAACAUUCAUGUAAAUAAUGCAUUUUCUGUCAUGCAACAAAUUUAGGACAUGUAAUUUUUCACAACAUUUAAUGGACAAUUAACUUGCAUUGUAUCUCAUUUUUUCAAAACCUCUUGUCUGUUUUAGAGUUGGCAUAUUUUGAUAGUUCCUGGUUGUUGCAAGUAAAAAUGUAAAGUCAUCUCUUGUGUAUUACAGUAAGUUGUAUAAAUGGACAUUAUUGUAGUAAAGAAGGAGAGAAUCUUUGGAUUAAUCGGGUCUCAAACUCGGGACUCUUGUAUUACUAGUUAGGUGAUACCAGACCGAUAUUCAAAGUAUGGUAUAAAUAUCACAACAAUAUAAAAUUUAAACAAAUUUCAGAAAUCAUACAAGAACUCUUAAUUUCGAGGAAUGAAAAAAAAUAAUAUCAGAGAAUUAUCAGAAGUUGUGUAUGUCCUUUUAUUAAUAUAUGUCUCUCCACAGAUUACAUAUAGAUUAAUAGGUAAAAGAUGAAAGAGGACUUUGUUUUUUAUAUGAUGUGCCUGUUAAUGCUUAAUUGUGGAACUGGUUUGCUGAUUGAAUGAUUAUUCAAAUGAACAUGAUGCCAUAAAAAUUCAGUAUGAUUGUGAGCUAAUGUUGACAGUUAAGAAGUGGAACAUUUAUUUAUUAAUUUUUAUCCGAAUUGAAAAUGUUAUUGAUACUCGAAGAGUAAUCUUUUGAAAGAUUUUGUCAGACUUUUAUCAAAUGUCCGGUUUAGGACGUAAUGAUACAAUUAUUAUAUUUCAAAUUUAUUAAGUAUUUGAGUGUAUUUCUGUGUGAAACACAGUUAUUAAGUAUUAUGGCAUGCACGUUUUUAUCCUUGGUGUUUUUCAAUAGAAUUUUUAUGUCCUUAAUUUACUGAUCAGCACAAAUAAUUCAGCCUAUGAAGAAAAUUUUAAAUGCCUAUGCUUAGUGGGUAAUUGGAAUUUAAUAUCCCACGAGGUAUAUCUAAGGAGAUCACAGAGAUAGACAAUCUCUUAAUGAUAUGGAUUCAAUUUUUAUUUUGGAUUCAAGAAUAGUGGAGAUUGAAAUUUGUCACCACCAGGAAGCAAUGUUGUUCACUUGUAGCUAAUAUUGGCCAGUAUAAUGUUUUGGUUAUUUUUGUGUUGGGUCAGAAUGAAAAUACCAAGCAGGUAACAAAGCAGAAAAAUAAUUAAGAUGCACAUACAGGUUAUAAACAUCAGGAUAAACAAAAAUUACACCGUGUUCAAAUAUUUUAAGUUUGGCAUCUAUUUCAUAACACAAUUUAUGUCAGGAGGGUAGAUUAUUCAUACUAAAGCCUGCAAUUUUGUCAUGCAUUUGUCAGUUAAAUGUUUUUGAAAAACGGGAGAGCAAAAUCGUUGUUUUUGAAAAUAUACAGUUAAUUGUUUGUGUUUCAAACUCUUCAUUAAAAAUACAUUGCAUGUGGACACAAAAUAGAACAAGACAUUGAUCUGGCACAAUAUUGAAAUUACAACAUACCUCAUUGGUUGACAUUAGAGGGAUGAAGAAGUCCACCCUUCAAAACUAGGUCAUAAUGCAUGCUUAAUUAAACUUUUAUAUCUUGAUGGUUUGUAUCAAGUUAUUAUAAUAAAAUAAAUUCUUGCUGCUGA